CGGGUAGACCUGUCACAAACGCUCAUACGAGUCGGGCGAUAGAUCCUUCGAACCGUGAUUUGGAAAACAUACCUAAGGGAUUUACCGCACCGAGCAACACUCUCUUGGACUAAGCGAGGAUUAAACGCCACCAAGGCGCCUCUAGAGGACUUCUUCGUGGGAUGUGGAUGUAACAAUCUGCGAUUCUAAGUAGAUAAUGUCGAACAAGACGCCAAAUUGAGCCCGUUUGUUUAUGUGACAGAGGUAAAUUUAUAAGUUGAGUCAAUAGUUACUUCGCAUUUGGUGCUCGAUGUCAAUGAGGCAAGCAUUAAGCGACGAAGUUUUAACUCAGAAAUUAACUGAGAAAGAUGUGUUCAAGAUCAAGCUGUCUUUAUCGUGUUUGUCGAAUAGAGUAUUUGUGUGUAACGCGGUCGCGAAUUUGUAUAUCUGGCAACCACCAAGCGCGACGAAUCCUUCAAACGUGUGGCAGUAUGUACGAACUGGUAUCCCCGCUAUAGUCGUUAGCAGUGGCCAUAGCGGUGAUCGAAAUCCUAAAGGGAUGUAUGUUUGCUUGGUCGAGCGACAGAGUGGGUUCUGUGUCUGGAAAGAGUCUAUAACAGCGAAUUCCAACUAUAGGGAACAACAGAAGAAUUUCCAUGUUAUGGCCGUUGCGAGCGAAGUCGGCACAAUGGCUGGUUUACGCUUCGCCGAUGAAGACUCGGCAGGAUUAUUUUACAAGGAUGUCACUUCGAAUUUAGACUGGAUUCUGCAUCAUAGAUCAAUGCCGGAUCUUCAUGAGUUAGAUUUAAGCCAUGGUUUGAAAGAGAAAUCGAAGAAAACACGUAAACUGAAGAAGAAUGAAAUUUCAAGUCCGUGCUUAUUUAGUCAUGUUACCAGUAUUACAACAGCGACACAAGUUAGCGAUGAAGUCGAUUCGAAUACAAGUCACAGUGACAGUAAUCACGACUCGAAAAGGGUUAUGAAUGGACACAGCAAAACUUCAAAUAUACGAAGAGCUUUUAGUAUGUCAAAGAAACGAAGGUAAUCUUUGCGGUUUGUACGACUCGCGCUAAAACCGUGCCGUGAUAUAAACACUACACAAAUAUUUCUAUUGAAAGCCAUUGUUAUUUGAAAAUGUAAAUACAUAAAUUUAGAUUUGUAACAAGGGUUUUUAAAAUAUUACCCGAUUUCUAUAAAAGUAUUCGCCUUUUCGUAAUGUGUCUGGUUAUAGUUUCGUUUUAAAAGAACGAUUGUUGUAGAGCCACUUCCAGAUUAUCAAAGGUAUUUUAUGUAUAAUCUGAAUGACAACAAAAGCCUCCAUUUCCUCCCGAAAUUACUGACACAAUUUCCUUUAUGAGGAUCUCGGAUGAAAUUACAGGCUUACAAAGUAAUAUGCUACUUCCAUUUUGAUAAAAUACCACUUCAAGCAAAUUUACUAAAAUUAGUUUGCUUUAUAGAAAAGCGACUUUUUCAUAUUUAACAUACAUUUUCAAAUGUUCCCACCUUUUCAUAACUACAUAUUCUUAGCCUGGGUAUUUAUAUGAACGUCCCAGGCAAACAAUAUAAGAUAGCCCUUUCGCGUGGUGUUUUUCACUUUCUUAUAUUACGUACUUUGCAUAUUACAAGGUCUUGUGGUUAUAAUGUAUUGUAAAUUGCGUCUUGUAAUAAUAUACCGCGUCUCAUGUGUAUAACAACUGUGAAAUAAAUCGUUCAUAAAUUUU